AUGGAGUCACCCAAAAUCACCAUUUCUCCUCAUGAGGAGACGUUCUCGUCUCGGUCAGAGGAGGAAUUUGGCAAGGAAAAGACAUCCGUGAUGGAAUACAGCGACAACAGCACUUCUCCUCAAGAUGAAUCACUCCUUCCAAAAGGGGACAUCGUGACAGAGCCUGAAGAGCCAUAUGCCAUAGACUCCACUGCCGAUAGUGAUGUCGAAAAGGAAACAUAUCCGCAGUCGCCGAGAGAGACCAUUCCAUCAGCCAUGGAAGAGGAUUAUACAAUGGAAUACAACAAAGACAACACUUCCCCUCCAAACCAGCCAUUCCAACCAGAAGAGGACAUUCCAAUUGUCACUGAAAACAAAGACACGUAUGCCAUGCACUCGGAUAACGACAACAAUUCAGACAACGAAUCGAUCUCGCCGGUGAGAGCAGUACAAGAUGUCACGAAAACCUCACCUGUCCUGAAGUCCAACGAUGAAGACAGCAAUUCUCGCGAGGAAUUAUCCUCGUCACGGGAUGAUUUCCUCACAGGACAGGCAUCUGCCGCGGAAGAGGCACUUGUGGACAAUGACAUGCCAACGACACCUGACAUGGGAGGGACCCGUUUCGAAGACAAUGCAUCCCCCGUGAUCAGCGAGCGGGAACAGCCAUCUCCCAUCGAAACGGAUCAUUCUGUCCCGGAAACGACGUAUCCCAUGGAAGAUCCAUUCGUCGACGUCCCUUCCGCGGAAAGCCCGACUGUCGCGGAAAGGACAGCUCCGACUCUGAGGGAGACGGCACCUUCCACGAACACGACACCCGUCAAGCAGAGAACGCCUGCCAGGAAAAGAACACCUUACACGCCAAAGAACCCCGUCAGGGUGAAGACGCCUGCAAGGGAAAGGACAUCUCCUCUGGCGGAAAGGACUCCAGCCGCUCCUCCAAAGAUACCCGUCCUGGCACCCCAAGUCACGGACAAGCAAUCCAGGUUGGAAAGGGCACGUGCAGUGCGGGAAAGCAGAGAAGCGCGUUUGAAGGAAAAGGGAGGAGAGAUGGAAAAGACACUUGCCACGACGGGAAAGGGAGCCAUCACCAAAAUGAGGGAGAGUUUCACCAAGUUGAGGGAUAAUUUCAGAGCGGAGCUUCAUGACCUUCGGAGCUAUCAACCGAGCUCUGACGCGGAUGAACCGAGUCCUAACGCGGAUGAAGCCCCGAACAAAGCAGCGGUAUCUGUGAUAUUCCUUCUCGGAUCCUACAUUUUCCUCCUUGUCACCAUUUGUGGCCUCGCUGCAACUUCUGUGUUCCCUUUCCUCAACAGAUUCGUGUUCUGA